UUCUCCUAUCUUCACAUGAAGUACUUGUUUUUCUCAUGGCUGGCAGUGUUUGUGGGGAGCUGGAUUGUAUAUGUGGAGUACUCCUCUUACACAGAGUUGUGUCGUGGACAUGAAUGCAAGAAUGCUAUUUGUGACAAGUUCAGGAGAGGAGUGAUAGAUGGUUCAGCAUGCAGCAGCUUAUGUGAGAAGGACACUCUGUAUCUUGGGAAGUGCCUCUCAGCCAAACCCAAUAACCAGGUGUAUUCUGGGAGUUGGGGUGACAUUGAAGGAAUAAUUAAGUGUCAGAUGGAAGAAGUUCCUCACUAUGACCUUGGGGCAGAGCUGGAGCCCAGGAAAGAGGCUGCAUCCUUUAACCGGCCAACAAAGGGUACCUCAGUGGAGAAGUUCAAGGAGAUGGUCCUGAGCCACUUAAAGGCUAAAGUUGGAGACCAGGCCAACCUGCAGGACUUGGUAGCUCUUGUCCUUGGAGUGGCUGAUGCAAACAAAGAUGGCCAGAUUUCAUUACCAGAGGCUCGUUCAACAUGGGCUCUGCUGCAGCUGAACGAAUUUCUUCUGGCUGUGGUUCUUCAGGACCGUGAACACACUCCCAAGCUUUUGGGCUUCUGCGGAGACCUUUAUGUGAUGGAAAAGGUGCCCUAUGCGCCAUUGUAUGGCAUUAGCCUACCUUGGGUUGUGGAGCUAUGGAUCCCAGCAAGCCUGCGUCGCAGCAUGGACCAAUGGGUUGCUCCUUCCUGGCCUCGAAAGGCUAAAAUAUCAAUCGGACUGCUGGAGCUUGUGGAGGAUGUCUUUCAUGGGACUUUUGGCAGCUUCCUCAUGUGUGAUAUGAGUGCCUCCGGGUUUGGCUACACCGAACGUCACGACCUGAAGGUGGUGGAUGCCCGCCGCAUUGUGCCCGAAGCUGCAUUUCAGGAGGUGAUGCGGGAGCGUCGUUGCGAGGUAGACGCUGAUUGUGUCUAUGGAGCAGACUGCCACACUUCCUGUGACCUCACCAAACACCGAUGCACCACAGAGGUGACCCGACCAAACUUGGCCAAAGCCUGCGGGGCGCUCAAGGACUAUCUCCUGCGGGGGGCUCCCUCAGAUGUACAGGAGGAGCUGGAGAAGCAGCUUUAUGCCUGCAUUGCCCUCAAGGGCUCCACAGAGCACAUGGAGAUGGAACACUCACUCAUACUCAACAACCUGAAGACCCUGCUGUGGAAGAAAAUCUCCCAUACUAAGGACUCUAAGUGA